AUGUGGCAUAAUUCUCCGCUCUGCAAUGAAGAUGACUGUGAGGUAAAUAAUGGAGGCUGCAGUCAUGGUUGUAUUCAGGGACCAUUUGGAGCUCAGUGUACCUGUGAACCAGGAUUUCAUCUGCUAAAUGACUCAAAAACUUGCGACGACAUAAACGAGUGUUUGAUCCCUGGAUUCUGCAGUCAAACUUGCUACAAUGAGCGUGGCUCCUUCCGAUGCUACUGCCAAGAUGGUUACCAGCUGGAGCCUGAUGGACGUACAUGCAGAGUCACAUCUCCAGUUGAUGCUUUACUUCUGGUGGCCAGACGCAGCCAGAUCAGCGCUAACCGCAUCUUCUUCAGGCCACCACUUAUUGUUCCUGUUGUCAGUGGCACAAGCAUUGUCGCUGUAGACUUUGAUAAUAUCAAUAAACGAGUGUACUGGGGUGAUUCAUCUGAGAAAAUGAUCUAUAGUUCUUUCCAGAAUGGCACAGACAAAAAACAGGUGUUCUCUUCAGGCCUGAUGGUACCUGAAAGCAUAGCAGUGGAUUGGGUGGGUAGAAACAUUUACUGGACCGACUACAUCAUGGAAAACAUUGAAGUAUCUACUCUGGACGGCCGAUUCCGGAAGGUUUUGAUUACCAAGAAUGUUACCAGCCCUCGCGGACUGGCUCUAGACCCCCGCGACUACACCAAUGUAAUGUUUUGGUCAGACUGGGGUCAGAACCCAAGAAUAGAACAGGCUAGUAUGGAUGGAUCUGCAAGAAGAGCAAUUGUGACUAACAAGGUAUACUGGCCCAACGGACUUACACUGGAUUACACAACUAGAAGACUAUACUUUGUUGACGCCUACCUGAAAUAUAUUGACUACUGUGACUACGAUGGCAAAAACAGGCAUCAAGUCUUUGCAAGUGACAUGGUUCUUCAGCAACCCCAUGGCAUAACCAUCUUCGAAGACAACAUAUACUGGAGUGACCGCUACACAAGCCAAAUCAUGAAGACUAACAAAUUUCAUGGAGGAAACAUCACCACCCUUCUGACCAGUGUGUACCAGUGCAUGGGUAUCACCAUGGAUCACCCUGUCAAGCAGCCUUUAGGACUUAACCCCUGUGAGAACCAUACAUGCAGUCAGCUGUGUCUGCUAUCAACCUUAAGACCACGAUACUACAGGUGUGACUGCCAGUCUGGCUGGACCCUUGCCAGCGAUGGUCAUACUUGUACUAAAGAUGAUACACCAUUCUUGAUGGUCGCCAGAGAUACUGUAAUUAUGGGAAUUCCUCUCAACCCCAAUGACACAUCCAACAAUGCCAUGGCACCAAUUUCAGGCAUCACACAAGGCCGAGAUAUUGAUUUUGAUGAUCAAGAGCAGUUUGUCUACUGGGUGCAAGGCACUGGCUCAAUUUAUAGAAGUAAGACAGAUGGGGCCAAUCGAACUCAGUUUGCACCAGCUGCUGUCAUUGGUUUUCCCUCAGGUCUUGCUUUUGAUUGGAUAACACGAAUCAUGUACUACACUAAUCCCACUGUUAAGGCCAUUGAGGUCAUUAGGGUUGAUGGAUCUCAACAUUACAGGAAGACAAUCAUCACAAACACAGGGAAACCAGAGGGAGCUGGAGAGCCAAUAGGAAUAGCUCUUGAUCCAGCCAGAGGGACACUAUUCUGGACCGAUAGAGGUUCAGAUAGUGGAGUUCCACCAAAGGUGGCAAGUGCAGACAUGGAUGGUGGAAACCUCAGAAACCUCUACACUGGCAACCUGGGCAGUGUUGAGUUUAUUGCUGCAGACAUAGAGGCCAGGAAAAUCUACUGGGGUGUCCCUCAAUCUGGGAUGAUUGAAUCUGGAACGAUGGAUGGUGUGAGCAGGGUGACCAUCGUGAGUGGCCUGUCUCACCCCUGGGGCAUCACUGUGUACCAAAACUACCUUUACUACACUGAUCUUGACUAUGAGGUUAUUGAAAGAGUGGACAAGAACACAGGUGCAGACAUGGUGGUGAUGAGGAGUAGCAUGGCAGGGGUGCGGGCACUGAAAAUGAAUACCAGAGACAACUCUGCUGGCACUACCAAUGCUUGCAGUAUGGACAAUGGAGGCUGUCCCCACCUGUGUCUGCCAAAACCUGAUGGACAAAAGACAUGUGCCUGCACCACAGGUUUUAUCCCAUCUCAGGAUGGGUCUCACUGUGAACAGUAUGACUCUUACGCAAUAGUGUCAUCUUUCAAAUUUAUUAGAGGAUUCCACAUUAACAGCUCUGACCACUCUGAGGCCAUGGUUCCUGUGGGAGCAAAUACUUACUCAGUUCUCAGCAAGCUGGACAUGCACAUUGCCUCUGGAUUCCUGUACUGGACUGAUAACAGCACCUACUCAUCCUACAGAGGCAUUUACAGGACAAAAACAGAUGGCUCACGCUAUUCUACUGUCAUCAGUCAGUUAGGCACUGGAAGGAUUCAGGGCUUGGCAGUAGAUUGGAUCGCAGGAAACUUGUACUUCACUAAUGCAUAUACCUCUCAAACAUACCUUGAGGUGUUACGUCUGAACACAAGCAUUCAACUUAUCCUGCUGAAGAGUUCAGUGGAUCGUCCCCUAGAUCUUGCUGUCAGCCCUAAAUUGCGUCUCCUCUUCUGGACUGAUGCUGGCCAGACACCCAAGAUUGAGAGUGCUCUUUUGGAUGGGACCAAUCGGACAGUUCUUGCCUCUGAGAGCCUGUCAUCCCCCCGAGGGUUAACAGUUGAUUACACCAAUGACCUCUUGUACUGGGUUGAUGACACACUGGAUAUGAUUUCCCGGAUGGCAUCCGAUGGUUCACAGCGGCAGAUUGUACGCUACGGUAGUCGAUACCCCGCGCCAUACAGUGUCGCUAUUUUUGGCGAGUACAUGCUGUGGGUGGAUCGCAAACUGGGCAAACUGUUCCAAGCCAGUAAGAGUCCUGGGAAUACAGACAUGCCAGAGGUGAUCCGAGACGGUAUAGAGGAUCUGACAGACAUUGGAGUGUUUGACUCCCAUGUUCAGCCCACUUCUGCCAACCUGGUCGGUUUUAACCCAUGCCAAGAGGACAAUGGGCGCUGUCAACAGUUUUGUUUUGCAAUGCCUGAGCAGCAACAGCCAAAAUGUGCCUGUGCCCAUGGUUCUCUGCUCAGCAAUGGAGUCUCAUGUGGCUUUGGCCUGGAUGAGUUCCUGAUCUUCACCACUGAUUACACCAUGAACAGCAUGAGGCUAGACCCAGAAGACCACAGCACUCCAUUUCCCACCUUUACCCUGGGCUAUGGCGUUUUAGCCACUGAGUUUGACUUCAAGGACAAGAGAGUGUUUUUUACCCAGUAUGUGGGUUUAGGCAGGAGUAAAAUAGGAUACAUUCUAACCACCAGCAGCACUAGCCCACCGAUCACCAUAGCCAGCGAUCUGGAUGAUCCUGAAGGUCUGGCCUAUGACUGGAUCCACAAGCGUCUUUAUUUCACAGAUUAUUACAAUAGAAGUGUGCAGUCUAUGGCAAUAGAUGGCCAAAACCGUUCCUUCAUUGCACAUGCUGACCGCCCCAGAGCCAUUGUAGUGGAUCCCUGCUAUGGAUACCUGUACUGGACUGACUGGGGAUCCCCUGCUAAAAUUGAAAGAGCCACCUUUGGUGGAAACUUCCGGAUCCCUAUUGUAAACACAAGCCUCUCUCAGCCUAACGCUCUAUCUUUGGAUUAUGAUGAACGAUUGCUGUAUUGGGCUGAUGCAACACUGGAUAAGAUUGAGCGUGCCUCUUUGACUGGAGAGAACAGGGAGAUCAUUCUUAGUCAGACACAGUACCCAUUUUCUGUGACAGUGUUCCAGCAGGAUAUCUACUGGACUGACUGGAACACACGGAUUGUGUACCGCGCCAACAAGGGCGACGGUUCUAGUCUGACUAUUAUGGCCACCGACCUUCAAUACAGACCUAAUGACAUUAACGUCUUCUCUGCCAGCAGGCAGGAGAGCUGCUCGAGUCCCUGUCAGCUGUUCAAUGGAGGCUGCAGCCACGUUUGUGUCCCGGGUCCAACUGGCCCAGAGUGUCAGUGUCCCAGCACUGGUAACUGGUAUCUGGCCAACAAUGGGAAAGACUGCAUCCCUGACAAUGGGCAUCGUUGCCAUGCAGAUCAAUUCACCUGUCUGGAUGGAAGCUGUUUGGCCCAGCACUGGAAAUGUGAUGGCUACAAGGACUGCAUAGAUGGCUUAGAUGAGCUCGAGAGAGUGUGUGCUUUCCACACCUGCUCACCCACGGAAUUCACCUGUGAUAAUGGAGGUUGUGUGCCUCUGUACUAUGUGUGUGACUACACAAACGACUGUGGAGAUAACAGCGAUGAGCAUGGCUGUCCCUUCCCAACCUGUAACCCUACCAUAGAGUUCACCUGUGCUAAUGGACGCUGCAUCAGUGCAGCUUUUGUGUGUGAUGGAAUCAAUGACUGCCGAGACAAUGGCACCACGGAUGAAGUUAACUGUCCAGACAGAACCUGUGCACCAGGCUUAGUAAAAUGUGACACCACCAACAUCUGCAUUUCUUCAAGUAACCUGUGUGAUGGCUUUAACAACUGUGGGGACAACAGUGAUGAAAAUCCACUCUUCUGUGCUGUCCGGACUUGCUCAGCAGAUGAGUUCCGCUGUGAUAAUGGGAAGUGUAUUCCUCAGUCAUGGGUGUGUGAUCGCAUCGCAGAUUGUUUGGACAGCACAGAUGAGCCACCCACCUGUGAGGAUCAGGUUCGUACUUGUAACCCUCAGCAGUUUAGCUGUGCGAAUGGACACUGCAUUUUGGCAGCGUGGGUAUGUGACGGCAGCAACGACUGUGGAGACAACAGUGAUGAGGCCCAGGAACUGCAGUGCGGAUCAAGGACUUGUAACCCCAGCGAUUUCACAUGCCCCACUUGGUACCCAGGCUCUCCACGCUGUAUUCCAUGGAGUUAUGUGUGUGAUGGUGAGAAGGACUGCACAGAUGCCGCAGAUGAGCUGCACAACUGCCCCAACCGUACCUGCCACAUGAAUGAGUUUGCUUGUGCCAAUGGCCGCUGCAUUCUGGUGCCCUUCCACUGUGACCGUGUGAAUGACUGUGGGGAUGGCAGUGAUGAGAUUGGCUGCAUAUAUCGCACCUGCUCCAGUCAAGAGUUCACCUGCCAGAAUGGAGUGUGUAUUCCAUCAGUGUAUCUAUGUGAUGGUUAUAUAGACUGUCAGGAUGGCACUGAUGAACUCGAGGGCUUGUGCAGGAGUCCAGAACCCACCUGUACACCUGGAAAAUUCAUGUGCAAUUCUGGGGAGUGCAUUAACAUCCACAAGGUCUGCAACCAUCAAAGGGACUGCUCUGACAACAGUGAUGAGAAGGGCUGUGGCAUAAAUGAGUGCAAUAAUCCAGCCAUCCACCAGUGUGCUCAGAACUGCAUAGACACCCAGACGGGUUACUACUGCUCCUGCAGGGAUGGCUACAAACUCAUGCCAGACGACAAGGCCUGUGAGGAUAUAGACGAAUGCAAAGAGGACCCGGGAGUGUGCAGUCAGGUGUGCGAGAAUGCUGUGGGCUCCUUCUAUUGCAAAUGUGCACCGGGAUACCUACGAGAGCCUGAUGGACGCAGCUGCCGGCAGAACAGUGGGAUUGCACCAUACCUCCUCUACAGCAACCGUUACUACAUCCGUAACCUGACCGUUGAUGGAUCAUCCUCAUCGGUGGUGCUGCAAGGCCUAUCGAAUGUUGUUGCUCUGGACUUUGAUACUACUGAGAAGCGUUUAUACUGGAUGGAUAUUGGCACACAGUGCAUUGAGAGGAUGUAUUUAGAAGGGACAGGACGGGAGGUCAUAUUGAAGAGUGACCUGGACGGGGCAGAAGGCCUGGCUGUGGACUGGGUGGGCCGAAAGCUAUACUGGGCAGAUGUGACUAUGGAAGCCAUUCAUGUAUCUGAGCUUGAUGGACGUUAUCGGAAAAAACUUUUGAAAGGUUGUGUUGACGCCAACUCUACAUACUGCUUCACCAAUCCGCGGGCUGUUGCUGUUAACCCUAAAUAUGGAUGGCUAUACUGGACAGACUGGGGACGGAUGGCUUUCAUUGGCAGGGCUGGAAUGGAUGGAACCAGCUCAUCAGCUAUCAUCACUACCAAGCUAGUGUGGCCUCAUGCCCUGACCAUCGACUUCACCAACAACAAGAUAUUUUUUGCUGAUGCUCACCUCAAUUUCCUUGAUUAUGCUGAUAUGGAUGGACAAAACAGACAUAGGGCUAUAACAGGCUCCAUGCCCCAUGCUUUCGCUCUGACCCUGUUUGAGGAUUUGGUGUACUGGACUGACUGGAACACCCACACCAUAGAGAGAGCCCACAAAUACACUGGUGCUAACCGUAUUUUAAUGGGAAACAACACACACCGCCCUAAUGACAUCCACGUUUACCACCCUUACAGACAGCCACGCAGUAAGUCAAGUCACAUUUAUUUAUAUAGUGCUUUUAAUCUGAGCAAUGACAAGCUGACCUUUCACUUCUGCAACCUCUAA